AUGUCCGGUCUUUCCAAACAAAGAUACCUUGCGAUCUUAUCUUCAGGUGUAUUUGCCGCAUUUUCUCCCGAAAAACUCAACAAGCUCCACCAAGAAGUGGGUGACUAUCUCAAUGGCUAUAGUGGACAAUUGGAUUUAACCGAAAGAUUCAACUUAUAUGAGUUACAAUUCUACCUAGCGCUCCUCACCAACCAUGAUGUAGAGGCCAAGUCGUAUUUGGACCGAAUCAAUGACCAAUUUGCGGGCAAACCAUCGCAGAAAAUCAUGGUUUUGCGUCUGAUGUACUACGAAGCGUGUGGAGACAUGAAAGCCGCCGUCAAUGCAUUGGGGGACAGCGCAGAUGAGCUCAGAGCAUCCAGGCGGUUGGCCACAUUCUCAAGAACCAAGCAGGAUGGCUCACCAAACGUGGCUGAGUACAUCAAGAAUCUCAACUACUACUUGAAUCUCCAGCCCAGUGACUCGCUUGCAUGGGCCGAGUUGGGCGACCAAUACAACAAAGUGGGCCACUACGACAAGGCUGCAUUCUGUUUUAGCGAAGUUUUGUUGCAGGAGCCCAAUGCAUACAACAUUUUCUAUAAAGUGGGGUUGAACUUGUACUAUCAAUUCCUUCAAGAUUACCAGGACAAGAACGACAAAAAAGAUAAGGUUUUAGCAUCUUUGGCUCUUCUCGAGAACGCCAGGGACAACUUCUUGCGUUCGGUGGAGAUCAGUGACACAUAUGUGAAGAGUUGGGUGGGGGUCUAUGUUGUUUCUGGCCAUUCUAUACUUGACAAAUUGGACAACAACAAGGCACUUGCUGGCCAGAAGAAGGUGACGCAAUUUGUUUCCGAAACCCGCCAGCUCCAUCAAUUGAGCAAGAAACGCAUCAUUCAACUUGAGAAGUUGCAGAGCGAGGAUGAAUUAUCCAAGUUUCUUGAAGGUAACUUCUAA